UUAGAGAUUAGUCGCACAAUUUUUUGCAGGGUUGCAUAAAAACGAUUCAAUGAAUGAGACUGAGCGGAUAGUGGGUAACGGGCUGACGGGUGGCGAAUAGCUGAUCCAUUCCAGGCGGGAAAAUUCGGACGGGUAAACACAAUUGCGACGGAACGGUUUUUAGUUGACAUGUUGUGGUUUAACAAUAAAACCAAUUUUGUAGUAAACUUUUCGUUUGCAUUUCGUUUGUGUGUACGUGCAAAAAUGUCCAAUAUUCAAAGACUGUUGCGGAUAAUUAAAAUUAUGUACAAAUUGAGCACAAUGUACGAGAUGUACAUGGAGGCGAGCAAGCGGUUGAAAAGGAGGUGGUGGGUGCGGCCUGCGAACCUCACCAGGAAUGAGUUUGGGUUCCAUGGAACAUGUUUUCAACAACUGAAGCUGGAGGACGAGGAGAACUUUUUCAAAGCCACUAGGAUGAGUGUUCCCAAGUUCCAGACUCUUUUGACUUUGAUAAAAGAAAGACUCGCGCGUUUUUCGAGAAGAGCGCCAAUAAAUGAAGAAACUCGCUUGGCACUGACACUGAUCUACUUAUCGAAAGGAUGCAGCCCACAAUAUCUCGCCUGGUCGCACAAAAUCGGGGUAUCGAAAGUAAGGGAGAUAAUUUACGAUACUUGCAAUGCCUUGAGCAUGAAUGGAAAAAAAUAUCAGACAGGAACAGAAACAACUUUCCAAUACUAUUUCGUGGGAGAUAAUGCAUUCCCACCGAAGCACAACUUGAUGCGUCCAUAUCCUGGCCGGAACUUAUCAGCUAUAAAGGACAACUUCAACAAAAAAUUAUCUCGUGCUCGUGUGCAUAUUGAAAAUUCAUUUGGAAUUUUGGCUAGCAGGUGCAGAGUUCUACACACGAAUAUUCACGCAGCACCAAACAAUCUGGAUAAAAUUGUGUUAGCGACAAUUGUACUGCAUAAUUAUCUAAUGCUCGAUAGGGAGAGUGGAUAUUUAAAUGACGAGCUCGUCGAAAAUGGUGUUCAGGUGCCAGGAACUUGGAGGGAAUCCCACGCUUGGCUGCUUUCCUGCAGAAUCGCACAAGCGAAUCGGUCAUGUGCAGAUGCAUUUAGGAGUAGCGACACACUGUCCGAUAUACUGUUUAAUAAUUGAGGACGCCGCAUCUGAUUUGUUGCUAAACGUGUCUUCAGUGUUGGAACUUUUACCACUGUACUAUAAAUUUUAUUAAAAUUCAAUUUUAUUUCUUUUCUAUUUGCUUUAAAAUUUAGUUUAACUUCAAAUUCAAUUUAUUACAUAUUCAUCAACUUCUGGACAAAUAAAUAUGCAAUUACAGCCCGCGACAAAAUGAUAGCACCUCAACAUUUCGGUCAGUUUUCACUAUUUGUGGUUUGUUUAAUGCUCAUUACUAGAAUGCGGAUGUUUAUGAAGAAAACGCAGCCUAAAAAUACUACAAUCGAAAUGUAU